UUAUCUCAAAAUAUUACAGAGUGAUAUAGAAUAAAGGUUUUACUCAUCCGGAUAAUCAGAAAAUAUUUCAUAUCCAACUAAAUUUUGUUUAUUGUCAUGAUUUAAAAUUUUCUUUAAAUAUGAUCGAUUAUUUUGUGCUAAUAAAGUGAAAAAUUUCAGAAGAAUGGCAAAAAAUCAUGGUAAGAAGACUCUAUACGUCGUUAUAUGCAACUACGCAUGAGUAUGAUUUAAGAACGUCAAAACGCAAAGAUCAAAUAUUUGAGCUUCAAUCUUUCGACGACCUUUCCCGCCGUGGAGAAAAACCAGUAGGGACGAAGAUUUACGCAUACGUAUAGCUUAUUUCAACAAGAAAUACACAAGAUAUAUGUACGCAAGUACUCACAUAUAUACGUGCUUUACCGAUUCGAUGAUACAGCCGACGAAAUGAUUAUACGUGAUUUUCUCAUCCUCGAAAGGACAUAUUGAACGAAUCGAAAUAAAACAUGUAAUUUUUCGAUAUGCCAAAAACUAAUGAAUAAUGUAUGACUUUGGAUAUUAUCUAUCGUGGAAGUAGAAAGUCAUAAUUGAAAACUGAUUUACAAUAAUGAAGACCUCGCAAGCAGAAACUCUUCUCGCGAUAUUGUAUAAUGCAUCGAUGAUUUUUUCUAUUGUGUCUUUGACAUCUCUCGCGAUCAUUUGGCAGCAUUGGGAAAUGACCUUAAAUGUUUGCAUUAGCGUUAACUGUGGUUGUAUAUUAUAUGGUAUUAAUACAUUUAGCACGUUUAUGGGUGGCGAUAUAAAGUUAUGCCACUUUGGUGUCUACGGACUCGUUCCUACAGUUAUAAUCGGCUUGUGCUUCGGUGUAUAUCAUAUCUACAGAUGCUGUAUUAAUCGUGGUCUCGAUGAGCCCAGGACAAUGAAUUGCAACAAUAACAGAACCACUAUUAAUGGGCAAGUCGUCGUAAUUGGCCCUAAAAGAAGGACUCCAUUUAAACAAUGGAUGUCGUCAGCAUUUUGCGCUGCUUUGAUUGGUUGUCUAUCGCUUGCACACGCGGUUGUUAUGACGGACGGUUUUUAUAAAACUUGUGAACAAUAUAAAAGAGGUUUGAUACAACUUUUGGGUUCCAGAGGACGUGAAGCUCAUGUAAUUCGACAUAGACUCGCAUGCGGUGCAAUUUUUGACUAUAUGGAUUAUCUUCAACCGGAUGCUAAUAAUUUUAGACGGGGAGAGGAACUAAAUACAGGUUUUGCAUUACAACUCGCAAUCAUUUGUACAUGGCUUAAUUUCUUUACAUGGGUUAUUAUAUGCCUUCUCUGUUUUACCAUGGCUAAAAAGAAACUCAAUACUUUAGGAGAAUACUUUUGUUGUUGCUAAAUCAAUUUUCUUAUUGAAGUAACAUCUUUUAAUAUCAAUUUACAACAUCAAUUUGAUCUACGAUAAAUAAAUAAUUCGUUUUGUUAGUCCUUUCUUAUUAAAAUUCAUUAUCAUUCCAUCAU